AUGCCUUCCACGUCAAAUGAGUGGCUUGAUAUUUCAAGACAAUUUGAAACAACAUGGAAUUAUCCGAAUUGCAUUGGUUCUAUGGAUGGAAAGCACAUCGUCUUGCAAUCUCCAAUGAACAGCGGCAGCGAAUAUUUUAACUAUAAAUCAUUUUUUAGCAUUGUAUUGUUUGCAUUAGUCGACGCAGACUACAAUUUUCUGUUUAUCGAUAUCGGGUGUCAAGGACGUAUUUCGGAUGGAGGAGUGUUCAAAAAUACUGAAUUACACAAAAAAAUAGAAAGGGAGAAAUUAAACUUGCCCUCACCAGUACCUUUGCCAGGGAAAAAUGUAGAUAUACCGUUCGUUAUUCUUGCAGAUGAGGCUUUUGCCAUUACAAAACAUAUUAUGAAACCGUAUUCUGGAACCCAUGAUAAAGGUACAAAAGAAAGAAUAUUUAAUUACCGGUUAAGUCGUGCUCGACGAACUGUUGAGAACGCAUUUGGCAUCUCAUCUGCCGUCUUUCGUGUUCUAAGAAAACCAAUGUUAUUGGAACCUCAAAAAGCUCAAAUUGUGGUUAUGGCAGUUGUUUACUUACAUAAUUUUUUAAGACGUAGUAAAUCGUCAAGAAACAUCUACACCCCACCUGGAUCGUUUGAUAGAGAAGAGGAAGGCCACAUGAUACGGGGUGAUUGGAGGGAGUCUGGAAGUACUACAACUUCUUUACUACCGUUAAGAAAUAUCGCUCGUAGACCACCACUUCAAGCGCAAGAAAUAAGGGAACAUUUUGCUGAUUACUUUCUAACAAAUGGCAGUGUACAAUGGCAAAAUAUUUAA